AGAAGUUAUUGAAUUUGAAGAAGGCUAAUAUACAUAUUUUUGUAACAACUUGUGGCAUUUUUAUAUACAGUAUUCUAACGAUGUAGUAGGCAUUCUUGUUUUUCAUGUAUAUUGUUAGUUUAAUUUUUAGUGUUGCACUGUAAAUUAUUGCGCAUAUGUAUCGGAUGAUGUUUCUAAUCUAAGUUAGUCUAGACUACGGAUUAUUAUGAAGUAUGAAAUAUAAGUAAAAAUGCAGUCAGAACUUGAAAAACAAGAAAAAGGUUUCACUUCGUAUGUUAAUGGAGCUAAUGCAUCCUCUUUUAAGAAAAGUGUUCAAUCAUCAUGUUUUGUGCUGAACAAAACACAUGGAAGUAGGUCUCAUUUCUGUAAGAGAUUUCAAAUUAGUUGCAAAGGAGCAGGAGAUGUAGAUGAGUCUGACAAACGAAACCAGCGUAGAAAUUGGGAUACAACACAUUACUACAUCAAAACUGACACAGGAAGUAGUAUCAGUGUACAUCCUUUAGAAGAAGAAUACUCUUACAAUGAUGAUUUUGAAUCUUCAGUUAGCUCAGAGGAAUCUGAUGACCAGAAUUUAGAAGGUUCUUUUGAAAUUAAUAACCUAAAGCGAAAGACAUCAAGUUCAGAUGAUUCAGAUGAAAUUGAAGAGAUUAUUGAAGAAGGUAUAAUCCCAUCUUGUGAUGAAGAAAGUAUUGACAAAAAAGAGCUUAGGUCAGACAAAACAGCACCUCUGUCAACUCUGUCAUCAGGGAAUGUGAACCACCAUAGUGUAAAGUAUGUAGGAGGUAAAACAAAUCAGUGGUUUGACUUACAAGUGGACUCGGAACAAAAGUCAAAGCUUCAAAGAAUACUGUCAGCCAAAAGAAAAGAGUCUGGGACACGUGAAGAGAUGCCUGAUGAGGACAGAAUAAGCAGUGAAGUUCUUCAAGCUCUCAAAGAAGAAAACAAUUCAUUAAUUAACUCUUCAGUAGACUACAGAAGACAAAAAUUGCUCUCUUGUACAGUGAAGUCUGACUUGAAGCCAGAGAACGAAAGCUUGUUAGCAAGAAAUUCACUUGCAUCUGUUUUUAAUAAAGAAGACUCAGUCAGUCAAAUUAUUCAUCAUAUUGGUCAGUUAGAUACAAAUAAUUUUUAUUGCAGACAACAAAAAAAUUUUCUGAAGUCAUUAGAGAUGAUUCGGUCAGCAGUUGGUAACAUGGAAACAUCAGCUGCAGCCUCAUCUUCGGACAGUGCACAUAGUGAAAACCCUGCCCUUAAUGAACAUCAGUCAGAUUCGAAGAACCAACAAAUGUUCUUCUCCCAACAGAAUCAGGGAUUAAUGAGUCAAGAAUCAUCUUCAAAAGUGGCCUCAGAAUAUAAAUCUUCAGAAGGAAAUGUUAUAAACAUUGACCUGGAGCUGCUAAGUAACUGGGGGCAUCCAGACAGGAUUGGCUUAACUGAAGUCCAGUUAUACGACUCAUCAGGAAAACUGUUAGAUGUUAAACCAAUGGAUGUUAGUGUGGAGGGAAGUGGAAGUGUAGUUGGGGAAGUAGGAAAUCUGGUGAAUGGAAAGACCAAAACAGUCAAAGAGCGGCAUAUGUGGAGCUGUUCCUUUCAAGAAGGAAAAACUGUCACUAUUAGAUUCAGUCUUCCAUCCAUCAGUGCAUCAACACAGGGAACCUUAGAUUCAUAUUCUAAUUGUAAAAUUUCUGCUAUCAAGAUAUGGAAUUUCAACCAUAGUAUAAAGGACCUUAAUUUGGGUGUGCGAAUGGCACGGAUUUCAGUGGAAGGAGUAGUGGUGUUCAAUGGUGAGCUUCAUAAAGGCUGUGGAAAUCAAGUGUUUGAUUAUGGACAAGUUAUACCAAUACAGUUAGAAUCUCUACAUCAAGAUACAAUGCAAAAAUUCUUUGAUAUCCAACUGGAAGACACUCAUCAUCCUGAAACCUCAUCUUCUGACACCGGAAGUCCAUCCAUGAAACAAUCUUUUUCAGAAGGUAAUAGAGAGCAAGAGUUACAAGAAUUAGCAGGACAUAUUGAAGGCAGCAAAAAUUCAACAGUAACUUCAUCAUCAUUAUCGUUUCUUCCCACAUCUGGAACCUCCUGUGCUGCAGUGUGGUCAGAGUCGAGAAAGAGCAGUGAUCCUUGUUGCAGCAGUUCUACAUGCAUAAAUCCAAAUUUAGUCUUGCCAACUAACAGUACAGAUGGCAGAAACUUUAGUUGUAAAUAUGAUCAAGAUGGUAAAAGAAGAGGAUCAUCAGAGCAUGUAAGGAACCUUCCUUGUCAAAUGAAUGACAGAAUGGAAAGGAAACCAAAACAACUAGAAUCUGUCCCAGUUAAGCCAGCAUUUGGAAAAGUUGGAAUAGCUAGUAAUGAUAAGCCUAGCUGGUUGCAAACUUCAGAAUCUAAUGAAGAGUUGUUUCUGGAAAGCCAUAAAAGCAAUCACUCUAGCAGUAGUUAUCCAGCUCGUAGGGUCAGCAUGGAAUCUCUUAACCUUCUGGACAACAGAAACGAUGACUUGGAUGUGGAGACUCAUUCAAGAGAAAGUUCUGCUCGAUAUGGACGGAGAGCAGGAAGGACACCUACUCCUACCUCAGGCUCCAAAAUUACUGUGGGCGAGGAAUCAAAGAGUGAUAGAAGUAUGUUUAGAUCAGUGGAACAUAGCAGACAAAGGAACAGCACCGACCGAGUCUUAGAAGAGUGUUGGACAUCUUUAAACAACUUUGCACAGUUGCAUAAAGGCCGUCUUACAACUGCAACUGCAGCUGAAAAGGACAUAUUAGACCUCUAUAUGCAGGAGGAAAGACUUAAACGACAACAAGUGUCAAGUACUACAAGUGAUGAUAAGGAGAUGUUGCAGCUGGUUGAAAGUGAUGGCACUGAAGUUACUGAUCUCAACUUCAGUGGUGAUUUCUUUAUUCCGGUGCUUCCUGAAGGCAAGCACCUUACCAUAAAUAUUUUAACAACUUGGGGUGAUAAACAUUAUGUUGGACUGAAUGGCAUUGAAGUAUUCACUCACACUGGAGAGCCAGCUCCAGUGGAAAAGAUCUGGGGAGAUCCAGCGGACAUAAAUGUUCUUCCCGAGUACAGUCACGACCCAAGAGUUGUAUCCAAUUUGAUUGAUGGAGUGUAUCGCACCAAAGACGACAUGCACUUGUGGUUAACUCCUUUCACACCUGGCAACAGUCAUUAUAUUUUCUUGAAAUUCCUCCAUCCAGUCAGAGUGGCAAUGAUUCGGAUCUGGAACUACAACAAGUCCCGUAUUCAUUCUUUCCGAGGUGCUAGAUUAGUGGACAUGACCUUGGAUGAUAAACUGAUUUUUAGGGGUGAGAUUAAUCAGGCCUGUGGCGGUAUUCAAGGUGGAACUGAAGCAUUUGGUGAUACUAUUUUGUUUACUACUGAUGAUGAUAUACUUGAAGCCAUAUCUCAUCAUGACCAGACUUUCAGUGAGUAUGUUAUCGACCCAUCAGUAGCUACCAUUGAAAAACCCGUGGAACGACCUCAGACUGCUAGCACGGGAAGUGGAUCUGACCGUCCUUUCACCACUGCUAAUCCACCCCGCCAGUCACAGUACAGAAGAGGAUCUCUCACGGGGGAUAACAUGAAUUUAUUGGACUCAGGCAAAAAUAAAAAGUUUGUUGGACAGUGUUUAAUCUUGACUUUAACAGCCUCAUGGGGUGACUUGCAAACUAUUGGGCUAACUGGCUUAGAGGUAUUAGAUUCUUGUGGUGAACCAGUUGUGUUAUACCCACAUAUGUUGUCAUCCUCUCCAGUAGACUCUCAAAACCACCUCAUCAGAAUAAUUGAUGGGGAAAAUAUGACAAUGUUGGAAGAACAUAUGUGGUGCACUGACUUCCUGGAACAUUGUCCUCCAACCAUAACUAUAUCUUUUGGCCAGACUUUGAAUGUUAGUGGUCUUCGAGUGUGGAACUAUAACCUAUCACAAGAGGAUUCUUACAGGGGCGUGAAGCAAAUGAGUGUAACUCUAGAUGGUAAACUUCUUUCCCCAACCGAUGGAUUUUUACUUAGGAAAGGACCUGGUCACUGUUAUUUUGAAUAUUCUCAAGUGGUCAGUUUUGAUGGUCCACCAUCUUUCUGUAACAGUAACUUGUUACAAUUAUGGAGACCGAGGAGGAGUUCAGAUGACGUACUUAGUGAUUAUGAAGCCCCUGUGAUGCCCCAUGGCUUUGUUUUUCAACUUCACCUGCUGUCUACGUGGGGUGAUCUUUAUUAUGUUGGUCUGAAUGGAUUGGAGGUGUAUGAUACAUCUGGGAAGAAGAUUCCUCUAGCAGAAAACAAUAUUGCAGCAUAUCCCGACAGUGUGAAUGUGUUAGAAAGCAUAUCUGAUGAUGUGAGGACACCAGACAAACUGAUAGAUGGAGUCAACAAUACUUCUGAUGCUUGUCACAUGUGGCUGGCCCCUUUGUUACCAGAUGUGUUGAAUCAUUUAUACAUCAUUUUCGACCAUCCUGUCAUGGUAUCCAUGAUUAAAUUGUGGAAUUAUGCAAAAACUCCUUCCAGAGGAGUGAGAGAAUUUGGGCUAUUGGUGGAUGACUUGCUGGUGUAUAAUGGUAUUUUGACUCAGGUUCGACAAGGAUCUGGAACUGUCCCUUACCAAACUAUCUUGUUUUCCACAGAUAAAGAUAUUGUUAACCGUGAGAGACAUACUGUCAUUAGAAAUCAAGAUAAUAAUUUUGACAUAAAGCUGACGAAUGACUCUGGAGGAAAGCAGAAAGGUCGAGCAAAACUUGUAGAUCAAGCUCUCCGUCCAACCACUGGGGUCACAGAAAGUCCAAAGAGAACUGUCCGAUCUUUCUACAGAUAAUGGAUCAUGUGGUCUUUCCAUGAAACUGUAAAUGGAAGAUCUCAGAAAAACUUGUUGAAAGAAAGGUUACAGUCAGUAGAGAAAAAUGUUUCCAUAUGUUGAAUUACAAACAUCUUGAAUGUGCUCUUACUACUUCUGAAAAAAAAAGCAUUUCAAAACAAAAUAUAAAGCAUAUAUGAGCAAAGCUUUUAUACACAUACGUUUUAUCUUGUUAAUACAUUACAACAGUUUUAGAAAGUACUGUAACAAAGACACAUCUGUAGCAUUUUUGAGUAGUAACAUACUGUUUAGGAAGUAAACCAUAUAUAUAUAUAUAUAUAACCUUUGAAAAUAGAUCUCCCCUCUCCUCCCCCCUAUUGCUCAGAGGUAAAUUUCGGGACUUGUAUUGGUAAAAAUUGUGGUUUGAUAAUUGUGGUGGACACAUCACAGAUAACCCAAUUGUCUAGCUUUAUGCUUAAUAUAAUAAACUGUAAGUUGUUAAAAAAACGUUUUUUAAAGUAGCCGAAAGUUCAUUGGUUUAUAGUUUUUUUUUUUGUUAAUGAAAGUUAGUUUAGAGUACUCUGAUUCAAUUUUUUGAGAAGAAAGUUUCACAAGCACAGGAUAUUUUGUGUGCAUUUAAUUAAAUUUUCCUGUUAUAUAUUUGCAACUUCUACUAAAAGAUAUUUUUACAGAAUUAAUGUAGUCACUACAAAUGAUGUAGUAUGAUAACCAAACUUUGCACAUUUUGAUUUUUUCAUUGUCUGUAUUUUAUUUACUAAAUCUGAUGAACCAGUAUUUUUAUAAUAACAACAAAAAAUAAUAUGAAAUUGAAGACAGUUUUUAUUAACUAUUAAAAGUUGUUCCUUUUUUUCCAUUCAUAUUUCCCCUGAGAAAAUGAUGGAAUUUAUGAGCAUAACCUUGUUGUUGAAUUCUUAAACAUUGCAGAAGUAGUAAUGUGAUUUUAAAAAUUACAUAUCAGAGCUUCACGAAUGCUUGCGUUGCAUAGUGCCUUCAAAACUAAAGUUUGUUUGUUUUUUACAUAUAAAGAUUUUAAUGUUUAAUUUUGUAAUAUUUGAACUUGUAUAAAUAUGGAAAAAAUUUAUACGUGAAGUUUUUUUCCAAUUCCGUCCAUCAAUUCCAUUAUCAUUAUUUGGGAAUUUAACACAUGCACCUAUAUUUAUACUAAUGGUAUCUUAACAACCGUCCUCCUAUGUGUAUGUAUACAUGUGUAUUGAGAUUCUUCUGCAUAUUAACAACAUCUUCUACAACUCUCAGGAAAGUUUUCAUAUGAUGGUGAGUUUAUUCGAUUUUGUGUUGUGAACUACAAAGUUUACGAUUUGGGUCCUUAAAUCUCUCUGUCUCUGAUACCAAACGUGCUUAUAAAAUGUUGUUUUAGUUUACACUAUAAUUGUGGUAUCUGCUCACUUGUCUAUAACUGUAAUGAUAAGAGAGUGUUAUCUUGUUAUUGUUUUCUUUAAACAGUUAAAAUAUGCUAAACAUAGCCUUCAAAAACAGUAUUUAAUACUCAUAAAAAAAUCUAUAUUCAAUACAUUUUUAAUAAUGUUUUUGGCUGGACUGAAAAUUCACCUUUUGUUACCUUUAUUAGUUGAUCUUCAUCCUGACUAGUCAUAUUAUCCAUAUAAUUGUAGAAUGAGUUUUAAGCUGUAUAUUUGCUGACCUGACUUUACGUAUGUCUGCAUAAAUGCUAAAAACGUACCUUUUUUUUCUAUCAAAAUAAAAUAUUUAUUCAGUAGCAGUUUACAUACAUAUAGUUAGUUUCAGUACACAAUUGAUAGCAGUUACGAAACAAAGUCAUUGAAAGAAAAGCUUUAUGCAUUUAUAAUAAGACUGCUCUAAAGCAGGGUUUCACGACCUAGUACACCUCAAGACCUACUUAGUUAUUUGGUACAAUAGUAAAGACCCAAAUAUGCAGUUCAUGACUCAUUAGCUCAGGGCAGACACAGUUGUCUCAGCCUGCAGUGGCUCAUAACUGUGUUUCUUGUUGAAAAUAACUGCUGUGAAGGGAAUAGUAUGGAAAAAAAGAUGUAAAACAGAUGUACCUCGAAGUACUAUACUAGAAUAAGAACACAAUACUCGUGGGUUUUUUUCGUAUCUACAUGCUAUAGAUUAUUGUAAGAGAAGAUUGUACUAGUUAAACUAUGUAGUAUUAAUAAAAAUUUAACAUAACAUUCUAGGUUUUACCAAGUAACAGUUGAAAUAUAUUUAAAGUUGCAGAACAAUUCGAAAUCUACAGCUUUCGCUAUGAAUUAGUUUGAGCAAAGAAUUAAAUGUUCUAAAAUGCUGAAUGUAAUUUUAUAACAUUAAUACAUGAAUAUAAUUUAGUACUUUUAUUGAAGUAUCUGCAAUAGAAAUGCAUGUCAACUUGCAUGAUAAACAUCAUUAUCCAGAUAGUAAGUGACGUAAGUUAUACUGUAUAUCAUUAUCCAUGUUGUUAGAAACAAAACCGUGUUUAAAAUCAUUAUAUAGGUCAGAAGAAAAAUGGAUCUAUAUUUAACUAUUUCUAUGUUAUUAGAAACAUGAAAAUACAUUAAAAAAACGUUGUGAUAGGCUGUUAGAAACAUUAAAACUGUUUAAGAACACUAUAUAGGCUGUCAGAAACAUUGAAACUGUUUAAAAUCAUAAUGUAGGUUAUUUGAAACAUUAAACAGCAUGGUUGCUGUAGUGAGUAGAAAGCUUGUAUUUUUCUAGGAAUUAUAAUGUAAACGUUUGAACUGUUUUCUUAGGAAAUAUGAAGGAAAUAUUAGAUAAGAUCAGAGAAAGCAAGCGCUUGAAAAAAUAUACUGUUUCCACUGCCCUUUCUUCUUUAUCUUUAUUAGUAUAAGUAAUUGUUAUUAGGCUUAAAGUUCAGCACUUUACAAACUUUUUAAAUUUUCUUGAUACCAGCCACCAAGUGUUACUAGUUGUGAUUAAAAGUGGCAGUGAAUGUUAUAGGUGUUUAACAAAUUUGAACUGCCAACAGGUGAAGAAAUGAGUUGUUUACACUGAUAUUCCUGGAUAAUUGAAGUAAAGUGUUUUUAGAUGUAGAGUAUGUUUACUUUUCAUGCUUAUGAUAGCAAGGUAGCCAAACAAUGCAUCUCCAAAUGUUUCUAAAAUUCUUGAACCUAGCCUAGAAUCUUGCAUCACAUACAUGUACAAACAACAGGAAUAUCUUAACUUGUUCAUUUUUAUAGCAACAAAUAGUGUUUGCUAUUCCAUACAACAUUUUACUAUGUUUAUGUUACUGGUAAAUUUUAAAAUAUAAAGUGAAAAUUUACAUAUUUAAUUCAUUGUGUAAAGUAAAAAUUGUGAUAUCUUUAUUAAAAUGCAGAAGUGUUCUUCAUAAAGAUUUGUACCCUUAUAAUGUUUUUAUAUUUGUUGCUUUAAACUUUUGUUAGCAUUUGUAGUUAACAACCCUGCUUGUUGCACAAUAAAAAUGUGUUCAGUAGAAUGAA